AUGCCAUCCCAGAAUGAGACCAUUCUGCGUCAUCCUAAGGCAACUUGCCUUGGUUCUAUCAUGGCUAGGAGGCGGAUCGACUUGGGACUGCUAGUUUCACAAGAGAUGGCUAUGAGAGCCAAACAGACGCAGACGUCUUUGCCUUUUCCUAUUCUGAUCACCGAGUUAUGCCAGCGUGCUGGAGUACCCCGAGAUCCUGCUAGAGAUAUAGAGGUUGACAGGAGGAGAGCAGCUCUAGCAGAUACUUCUCCAGAGGUCGAAGUUGACUCAUUACCAGCAAAGGCACCUUCGUCCACUCCGGCUUCGGAGCCUUCAGGUAUACCCGCUCCUUCUCCUACUUCACAGACUCCAGGUGCUUCCUCUUCCUCCCAGCCUACCAGAAUCACUCAUGCUAUGAUCCUGAAGAUGGGGCAGCUGGCCUAUUCAGCGGAUGUGAGGGCGACGCGAUUGGAGAGAUCCAUCCCAGGGAUCAUUGACAGUGUCAUCUUGACUGCACUGACCCCCUUCAGGACCACUGUUGAUGAUCUGACUGCCAGAGUCACUGCUUGUGAGAGCAGACAGGGGGAGACAUCUGAGGUUUCAGUAUUAAAAGCCAAAAUAGCAGAGUUGAAAAAUGACGUAGCCUAUUUGAAGGCUAUCGACUACACCACACUGAUGCAGGGAGCAGAUAAUGAGGAUGCUCCUGAGACCGGAGAUGUGCAGAGGGAUGAUGUAGGGCAUUCGGUAACUCAGACAGUGCCGACUGAGACGUCCACAAUAGCUCCUAGUGGAUCUGGCAUUGUUAGUUCGUCUGAGGCUACUCCGAGUACUAAGACCCGUGAACAGAUAGAUGCACCAAGCACUGAUGCUCAUAUUCAGACCCCGAAAGAUAGAGAGACUGCAUAG